GCUCAGGGAGCGCUCAGCUCGGCAAUCGCCGGUGCGUUGUGUCCCUCGGACACAGCGGAUCACGGAAAGAGCCAAAGAUGUCGGCUUGGUCAUGUGAUCAGCUGUGUCCAAUCACAGCUGAUCACAUGGGACAUGUACACUGAUCAUCAGAGCACUGAUGAUCAGUGUGCCCUGAUGAUCAGUGUGGCCCCAGAAGUGCCACCUGUCAGUGUCCAUCAGUGCCAGCAGUCAGUGCUCAUCAGUGCCACGUGCCAGUGCCCAUCAGUUCCACAUAUCAGUGCAUACCAGUGCACAUCAAUGCCACAUAUCAGUGCCCAUCUGAGCUGCCUUUCAAUGUCACCCAUCAGU